UCCCCGCGCGUGGGCCGCCGGGAGCUGUAGUCCGUGAUGGCGACGUGGCGGCGCGAGGGGCGCCUGACGGGGGCGCAGGCGCUGUGGAGCGCGGGGCUGGCGGGGGCGGCGGGGCGCUCGGCGGCGGCCCCCCUGGAGACGCUCUCGGCGCUGGCGCAGGCGCGGGCGGGCUUCCCGCGGGGGCGCGGCGGGCUGCGGGAGGGGGCGCGGCGCCUGGUCCGGGCCGAGGGGAAGGCCGCGCUCUGGAAGGGGAACCUGGCCGCCCUCCUCCGCCUCCUCCCCGCCUCCGCCACGCAGCUCGCCGCCCAGCGCAGGUUCGUGAUGCUGUUUGUGGGCGAGGCGGGCCAGGUCUCCCAGUGGGGCUCCAUCACAGCCGGGGGCCUGGCGGGCGUGGUGGCCGCGGUGGCCACGUACCCCUUGGAGGUCAUCCAGACGCGCCUCAUCAUGCAGGACCGGCGGCAGCCCUCCUACCGAGGCGUGCUCCACGCCUGCGGCACCAUCUGCCACCAGGAAGGCCUCGCCGCCCUCUACCGAGGGGUUUCGCUCUCCAUCCUAGGCGCGAUCCCCUUCUCGCUGGGCUCCUUCCUCGUCUACACUCACCUGGAUAGAAUCUGGGGCGGGCCCGGCCUUGGCUUCACUCCACUCCAGAACUUCACCAACGGCUGCCUGGCGGCGGGAGUGGCGCAGACACUCUCUUUCCCUUUCGAAACGAUCAAGCGGAAGAUGCAGGCGCAGAGCCCUUGCCUCCCCAACAACGGAGGGGUCGACGUCCAUUUCUCCGGCCUGGUCGACUGCUUUAAGCAGACGGUGAAGACCAACGGCUGGCUCGCUCUCUGGAACGGACUCACGGCCAACCUGCUCCGGAUCGUCCCUUACUUCGGGGUGAUGUUCAGCACCUUUGAGUUCUGCCGGCGCAUGUGCCUGUACUGGAACGGUUACAUUGACUCCCCGCUGAGCAACAAGCUCACCCCAGGCGUGGACCAGAGCCUGAAGCCCAAGGAGCUGCGGGAAUUCAAGCUCCUCGGGAGAAGGAACUUCUAAGGCUCGUCCGGGAAGGUGCCAAAGGGACUUUGUGCCGAAAUGGCAGCUAUGGAUCGAGAGAGAGAGGCGCUGAAGGGAAGGGACUUAAUAGGAUGUGACUCAGAGAUCAUGCACAUCCCGCAGUGCUAGGAAACCCAUCCGCCUUUCAAGGGCACUGGGUUCAAAUCGGGGUCUGCCUUGAGCUUAGCCGAGGGAGAGAGUGGCUUUCCAAGGGCCAAACACAAUCCACAUUUAUAGCGCGAUUACACUAAGUAACACGAUUUUUUGUUCCUGGGCUAGAAAUGGCACUUCCUGAUGGGUUCUAGGAUAAAAACAUGGAAAAAGUCUACCAAACUCCACAAACAAACAACUCCACAAGUGCCAGUUAGCUCCUCCCAAACAAAGGAUGCCUCCAGGCAACAACAGCCAGGCCACCUCAGUGCAGAGACCCUCACUGAUUGACUUUGCAGCUUCGUGGCUCCUCAGUGCUAUUCAAGCUCGACAGUUGCAACAUCCACACUUGCUUCAAACAAGUGUUCUUCCUCCCACUCUGGACAUUAUUUCACAGUUACAGACAUAUACACCCCACUUGCUUCACUAGCAACAGAACCUGGAGAUGCAUUAACCACAGAUGCAGGCGAAACCUCAGGAGAGAAUGCUGCUGGAAUGUGGCCAGACACUCCGGAAAAUUCACAGCAACCCAGUGAUUCUGGCCAUGAACCCCUUCGACCACACACUCCACAAACUGCAUUUGUGGGACACAACACAGUUCACGAUAGUUUUCCAGUACAUAUCGAGUCUCAACUCAUUCAACCGCGUUUGCGGCAACCACAAAAACAACGUCUCUGGAGUCCAGCAGUGACUUUCCAAAAAAGGACCGCACAAUUAAACAGGAAUAACAUAUUCAAAGCAGGAGCAGAAAAUUAUUUCUCGAAUGUUGUUACCUAGUGUCGUCGUCGUGCAGUGUGAACGUUCUUGGACUACAACUCCCAUCUGCUAGCUCGCUUGCUUAUGGAGAAUGGUACAAGAGUAUUUGGAGGGCCACAUGUUCCCCAUUGAAGGCCGGGCCCAGCCUACAAGCCUGGCUUAUUUAUACAUGCUGCAAAAUGAGGCGAUGGAGUUGAUCCGUUGCCAUUUUGUAGUAUUUCCGUGAACUGAAGUUUCUCUCAAGUCUAAGAAAUGGACCAAAACAGUUAAGCACCUGAGGAUAAAGGCCCAUCCUUGCCUGAUGCAAUAUAUGCUUUCAACUUUGAAAGGAAUUUGUAGUCCUUCGACCCACACAUUUGCCAUCUCGGGGAGCCCGUGUUUUGGUCGAUAACUGACACCAGGCUCACCCCAUGGGAUGGGGAUUGUGGGAGUUGUAGUCUCCAUCAUCAGGGACGGGCAAAGAUCUGCUGCUUGUGUGGAGAUGGCUGGUUGCAAUGUGCUUCACCAUAAAAGGAGCAUUAAGUGUUAUUGGGAAGGGAACAUGGGGAGCCCAGCCUCAGUAUUUUGCAAUAUGGAUCGCUCCAAAAUCAGGUAUUUGCUUGCAUGCACUGGAAAAUGGCACACGCAACGGACAAUCAAGAAGCACGUGAAAGCCAAAGACAAUAUGUUUGAUCUGCACGUUUCCCAAAAUAUAUCUCUCAUUUCAUAUCUAUAUAUAUAAAAGGGUAAUGAAAUUUGGGCCUAGAAGUAAACAACAAAACUAAAUGCCCCAGAACCACGAAACUUGACAACAGAACCCAACGGCCUUGCUGCUAGGUUCCUACCAUGAAACCGAACCUCCAGAACCGAACCAGGACCCGCAAAACCCCAAAAACCGGGAAAAACAAACUGCGAGGCUAUUCAGUGCCAUUCCAAUUGGCCACAGCAACGAGUGUCGGGGCACAGCUAGUAUAUAUAUAUAUAUAUGAAUCUUGAGUCAACAACAAGAGCUUUUGCAGUGGGAAGGGAUGGAGAAACGGGAGGAAAAAGUACAAAAUGAAAAGUUCAGAGAUUGAUUCUUCCUUGACUUUGGAUCAUGUCGGGUUCUCUUCUCUCAGUUGUGCUGUGGGUCCGUCUUCCAAAGGAAAAAGCACCAAGACACACUGGCAGAUUCCAACAGAUUUUAUUGUACCGAAUGCCAGAACCUUCUCUUUGGCCCACAUAUAUAGGGGCUCUCACAUACCAGAGGGUCAUUGAGGUUUUAUGGCUGGCAUCUGUUCCUUGUCAGCCGACCAGAGAUGUCAAGGAUUGGAGAUCAUGACAGAUCAGCAGAAUUGGGUGCCCUGCUGCCAGUUUGUUCCUAUGCACAUUUUGAACCGAGCAGGAUUUUCUUUUGAGUAGAAAUGAAGAUAAUUGCACUGCUAAGAAUGCCGUACAGUGCACAUCGUCUUGGGAAUGAAACCCUACCAAAUGCCUCUCAGCGGACACGAAUACCAGCACCUUGAAUUAUGCAAACCCCUGCUUCUCUUGCAUCCCUGAGCAGUAAAACCCAGAGAUAGUCUGCUUCCAGCUGCAUGGGUUGGUUCUUGCCGGGCAACGUUUGGGUAGAAGGACAACCCCGUUGUUGUGUCCGCCACCCGCUUGGAUAAAUCGGUGGUUUUGCAUCUCUUCCCCGCACAUACAACACUCCUUUUGGGAUGAGUUGGGUUUGGGAAACUGUUGUUACGACACUGUUCUCGUUUUAGUUGUGCUCUUAAAAUAUCCUUGCAAGAAUGGUUUUGGAAAUAUAUCUUUGAUAUUAAACCGACCUGUUCAAGGAAA